GGAGUAGGUUGGCGACACUUGCGGCUCUUGACAGCCAAAAAAGGGCGAGGACCUCGAGUUUAUUUGCAGAAGAUAGACAGCAGAUUUUUAUCGUGAAAUAGACAGGUUGCAUCUCGAGAUUGUGCCGAAUCUAAUUCGGCUCGUUCUCCGAACACUCGGACUCCUCAGCAUCCACACGACCAAAGACAGCGUGUUCCGAAUCUGCUGAUAAGCAGGGCGUCGGAAGAACAUUGAGGAAGUGGCAGGAGCCGAGAUAAGAAAAGAAGGCGUCCACGCUGGUCUACUGCCUCUAGGAUUGGCAUCAUGACGGAACAGCAGCUCGACUGCGCGCUCGACCUGAUGAGGCGCUUGCCUCCUCAGCAAAUCGAGAAGAACCUCAGCGACCUGAUCGACUUGGUGCCAAGCCUGUGCGAGGACCUAUUGUCCUCGGUCGACCAACCGCUGAAAAUCGCACAAGAUCGAGAAACGGGCCGGGACUACCUGCUGUGUGACUACAACAGAGAUGGUGACUCAUAUAGAUCACCUUGGAGCAACACGUACGAUCCUCCCUUGGAGGAUGGGUCCAUGCCCUCAGAGCUGCUGAGGAAACUUGAAAUCGACGCCAACCACGCAUUUGAUCAGUACCGUGACAUGUAUUUCGAGGGCGGUGUCUCUUCCGUCUACCUGUGGGACUUGGACCAUGGAUUUGCUGGUGUGAUUCUUAUUAAGAAGGCUGGAGAUGGUUCAAAGAAAAUCAAGGGGUGCUGGGACUCGAUACACGUAUUUGAGGUGCAGGAAAAGCCUGGAGGACGGUCUGCACACUACAAACUCACUUCCACUGCCAUGCUUUGGUUGCAAACCAACAAGCAGGGUUCUGGCACAAUGAAUCUGGGAGGAAGUCUUACUCGUCAGGUUGCUCAAGAUGCCACGGUGAGCGAAGCGUCACCACACAUUGCUAACAUCGGCCGCAUGGUUGAAGACAUGGAGAACAAGAUUAGAAAUACCCUGAACGAAAUUUACUUUGGCAAAACUAAGGAUAUUGUCAAUGGCCUGCGCUCGGUACAACCGCUCUCAGAGCAACGCCAACAGAACGCGCUGCGUCAGGAACUAGCAGAUGUAAUCAAAUCGCGCCAAGUCAAGGGAGAGUAACUAACCAAGUAAUCCUCAUUAAUAAUUUAAUUUUUGCAUACUGUUGUUUAUUCAUUUUUUGAUUUUGCCCUCCGCUUGGCCUUUCUAUAAUUGUACAUGGCAAUAUUUGGAUGCACUGACUGAUGACUUCCUGUUACUUUUCAAAGAGAACCCUUUUCGUGCAAAGAAUUAAAUCUAGGAUAGGCUUACAAACCUCGGCCACAAAGAUUUUGUGUACAUUAUCACCUCGGUGUUGAUACAAGGAACGGCCGAUUGAUUGGUGGUGGUAAUCGAAUUCCAUAAUGAAAAUAAAGUCCUCUCCAUGCCUUCAGUUAGGAGUGCGUUUAUCCAUUAUUUGUUUACGUUUGUAAGUUGAUCAUUAUACUUUAUAUAAUCUGGUGAAAAUGUAAUGUUACAGCCGAUUACAGUGUAACAAACUCUCCUCCAGAGAUAACAAUAAAUGAAUUUUUAUUACCAAAUUA